AUCUAGAAGAUUUGGGUUUAUUACAUAUUCUCAAUCAUCUAUGGUUGAUCAAGCCAUGUCAAAUAGGCCUCAUCAAAUUGAUGGUCGUGAAGUGGAAACUAAACGCGCUGUACCGCCUGACGAAAUUAAAAAAUCGGAUACUACAGUUUCUGCAAAUAGAAUUUUUGUUACUGGUAUAAAAAACCAGUCGGAAAAUGAUCUUCUUGAAUAUUUUGGAAAAUUUGGCAAUAUCACUAAGAUAACAAUAGUAACUGAUAAAGGUGGCCAAAGAAGAGGAUUUGGAUUUAUUGAGUAUGAUGAUACCGAUUCAGUUGACAAAGCUAUUUUGGUAAAAAGUCACCAAGUUGAUGGAGAAAAAUUGGAUGUGGAAAAAUCUAUUAGUCGUAGUGAUGGCGGUGGUAAUAGAAGUAGCUGGAGAGGAAAUCCGAGAAACGAAUUAUGCGGAGGACAUAAUAACAGAUUAAAUGGCGGUGGUGGAGGAUAUAGAAAUUCUGGAAUGGGAGGAGGUUAUGGCUCUGUCGGAGGCGGUUAUAUGUAUGGCGGCAGUGCGGGCGGGUACAAUUCUAAUUCUGGUGGAGCCUGGAAAGGCAGCGGUGGUGCUCCUCAAAUUUUGGUUAAAAAUUAUCCAAGUUGGGGCAACCAAAGAGGUGGCGGUGGUGGUUGGGGAGGCUCACAACAACCUAGUAACAACUGGGGUCCAAAUCAAAGUUAUGGCGGUGGUGGUGGUGGCCCGAUGAGGUCAAAUUAUACCUCUAAUAUUCGUACUACACCUUAUGGAAACCCAGGAGCUGGUAAUGGAAAUGCAGGUAAUGCUGGCUCUGGUCAAAAUCCUGGUCGACGGUAUCAACGCAUCACUUUCUACUAAAGGCAGGAUCCGAAGACGCAGUCUGUUAGGCAGUAUAAACCAAAAUAGGAAACUCAUACCGGUUAUUUCUAUGUAUUAUUUAAAACCGUUCAUGAGUUGGGUAUUAAUGACACAAGAGCCAGUCAUUUGAAAUACAUUCUUAUCCUCGCCUACUGGUCAUUCAGCUUAUUAAAUUUAUCUA